GCUAAGGCUCCCACAAUGAGCCUGACUGUAUUACCACUGAGCUCUGUCUAAUUAUACACUCCCAGCGAGGGAGAGAGUGACAGAGAGCAUGUUAGGCAGGGGAAAGAAAAAGUUAUUAAAUGUUGCUGUGUGUCAGAGAGGCUUACUAAGGGAAUGACUGUAGACUGAAGUUAUAACAGUGAGAUAGAUACAAGGUGUGUGCUAGCAAGGAGAUAGAAAGAGAGAAGGAGAGAGAGAGGGAAGGAGGGGGUUGGAGAGAUCAAGCAAGCCGGGGAGAGAGACAGAGAGCACACUCACUCAGAGGGAGAGAGAGAGAGAGAGAGAGCAAAGAGGCGUUUAGAAAGUGAGAAGGAGGAGAGGCAGGAAUAGGAUGAAGGGAGGGAAGGCUGAGCAGUAGAGAGGAGGAAGAGACUCGCAGUGUCAAAACUGGAUAUUCCUACGUGCCUGCUGCCGCCUGAUCCAAUGAGUAAACUCUCUGAUACCUGCUACGCAAAGGCACCCGGCAAGGUGAGUGGUGCUUCAGCGUAAGAGAAUCCACAGUGAUCUGACAGUGAUGCUGUGUGUCAGCUUCCCCCUCUGUCUGCACCCCUCUUUCUCCCGUGAGGCCCAUGUGACCUAGCCUACACCCAUAAACAGGGGGCCCCCACUGCCGCUGGAGCCCACCCAUGAAUCCCAGCCCUGACCGCGGCAAAGAGUGCCUCCCUCCGAAGAAGAGGGAGUCUCGCCAAGGAUCAGCAGAACACCACAUCCCCCUGGAUGAGUUUAAACCCCCUGUACCUCUGCGGAGUCGGUCCAGUAUAGGGAGAGGAGAAGCCAGUGAAAGGGACCGUGUCCAGGCAAAUCCAAACCCGCAUCUCCUACAUACUCCUCCACCCCUUCCUGCUCCAAUACCAGGCCUCCCUGUGCCCAUACCAUGGACCCUGAGCUAUUCGCCCACUGUUUCUCUUCCACUCUUCACAGGGCAGGUCAGCGAAAGGAGGGGCUCAGGAUCACCCGCUUGGAGAGAUGAUCCUCUUUCCUCAUCCCUGCCCCAUCACUCCAGGUGGCUCAGAGGGGAGGUUCCCCUUUCUCUUCCACCUUCUCCAUCAUCCUCCUCUACUUCAUCCUUUAAGACUCCCUUCCCAGCCAGUCACAGAGAGAUGUGGUCCUAUAUCAACAGCGGUCGGCGGGACUAUAGCUCCUCUCUCUUUUCCCCAUCAUACCUGUUUAGCCACCAUCUCUACUCCCAAGAACCAAGCUUAGUUGAAGUGAGACCCAGGUACUUGGGAAAGCGGCCCAAUGGCCUGGAUGGGUCGGGCAGCAGGACUGCCUCAGCCUCCAGGCCUCUGCUCACAGGAGACUAUGGGAAUGAUAGCAGCAGAGCCAGGCUUGAUAUUAGUCAACACAGCUCCCAUGCCAAUGGUGGACGGAGACAGCAGGAGGAUCUAACAACACGUAUCCAUUCUGGAGGGCCAUUUUUGUCAGACUCUCAAGCUCAGGGGGCCGCUGAGCCACAUUCCUCACUGCAGGAUAGACAUCUGCCUGGAAUAGUUAAGACCAGCUCCAAUUUGCUCUCUCUCAGUCCCCAUCCUCUUGGACCAGACUCCAGGGCAAGUAGAGGGGGACUAUUGGAUCACCUAGGGGCCACACCAGCUGAAACCCAAAUCAUCUACUCCUUGGGGUCGGCAUGUCCCUCCAGCCCUCAGGCUCAAACCUAUCCACUCUACAGCUCCUCAGGAACACAUCUUUACAGCCUGCACAGGGAGCCAGGCCCCAGACAGCACAACUUAAGGAACUCACCACACUCACCACUGGGUCUACCUAACAGCCAUGACAGGCCACAGAGAGACCAGGACAGAGACCAAGAAAGAGACAAGGUCACACAAAGGGAGAGGGAGCGCAGUACAGAUAAAGAAAAACAGAAACAAUCACAGUAUGACAAAGACCAAGAAAGAGACAGUGAGCGCGAGAGACGACGGGACAGAGAAAGAGACAGAGGGAGAGAGUUGUCUCCUUCCCAUCAUCACCCAUCUCCCCCUGCACUCCUACCUCACUUCACCAAGGGUUCUUUGAUUGAGCUGGCCAGCGGGAGAUUGAAGCGGGUGGAGGAGCUGAGGACUGAGGACUUCCUGAGGAGUGCAGAUACCUCCCCAGAAUUCCACCUCAGCACCUGCACCGUCCUGCAGAUUUCCCCCAGUAGUACACAAGGCUUCAGUCACCUGCAUGUCCAUCUCACAGACCGCAACACUCAGGAGUUACUGAAGGUCUUGGUGGAGUAUCCGUUCUUUGUGCAAGACAGAGGCUGGUCUUCUUGCUGUCCCCAGAGAACCACACAGCUGUACAGCCUGCCCUGCCGCCAGCUCACGGAGGGUGAUGUCUGCUUGGCCCUCACCCCCACCCCAACCCAUCGGACACACACUCGUACCAGCUCCAGGGCCCAUCGCACGCAACUACCCUCGAGGGCUGCAGCAGAGUCCAGCAGUUCGCACAGGGAGGAGAUGCCACCACCACCUCCUCCUCCCCCUUUGCCUCAACACCCACAUCCAACCGUGCCGGCCCCUCCAAGUGCUCUGGCCCGAGAGCCCUUGGCUAAGGACCAGCAGCGCCCACGCAAACGGCGCUGGUCUGCCCCGGACACCCUUCCCUCAACCAGAACUGAUGAAAGCCUCCUGGAUUUACCUCAUGGCUCCAAGCUAAUGAAGUGGCAGUAGAAAUCUGCACAUGCAUACUUACACAUACACAGGCGCACAUACACACCCUCCUUGUCUCUGUUGCAUCAACCAAGACAAACAAUGGAGAGACCUCAAGGCAGGGUUGCAGGGAAGGAAAUUUAAAAAAUACAUAUAUAUAUAUAAAAACAACAGAAAACACAAUUUGCAGGUGUCCAUACUGCUGCCCAAAUGAUAGUCAACUCUAUUAAGGCCCUUCCUCCACCAUUCUUUCCUUUCAUUACCCUUUUUUCCUUUCCUUUCCUUUCCGUUCCCUUUUUUCCCUUUCCUUUCCUUUCCUUUCCUUUCCAUCCCUUAUAUUUAACUUAGCACAGCCCUGAAAGGAGCAGCAGCUGAAGAUUCUCUGGAUGGCUCCUUACAAACACUGAUGACAUUUAGUGAGACAAUCAAGCACUUGUGUGUUCACUCUGUUUUUGUAAUGGUUGUUGUCCCACACACCUACUUACUGAAAGUGUUUGCUGCAGGGUAUUUUCAAUCAGUGUUAUGAAAGUUAAUGCUACUGAAGAAUUGCAGAUAUACAUGAACAAAAAUUGACUAUAUAUAUAUAUUGCAUUACAGGUGUUAUAUACAGUAAAUAUGCUAAACAGAUUUAAUGCAAUCUCUCCGUCAAUUUUGCAAUGCAUUUUUCUUUUCUUUUUCUUCUUCUUUUCUUGCUUCUGAGCCGAUGCCUACGGGUCGGCCUGGGCAGGCAAGGUGAAUGUACGAGCAACUCUUAGCCUUUUUUAUUCUCAUCACUGGGAGUCAUUUCAAACGGUCGUUCGUCAAGGCAUUACUCUCCAAUAUGUUCUUAACAUUAUCUCUGAGAAAGGGAGAACACUAAUGAAAACUGCGUAACAGACAAUCCCACCCACACAGACAGGUCUGUGCCACAUCGCCUCGACACUCAUGGUGUUUUUCCAUUAAAAACUGAAUGAUGGAAAGAGUAAAAAAGUGCAGUAUGGCUGAAGAGUAAUGGUGCUAAUAACACGUUGGAACAUGAUGCUUUGUGAAUACUCUUGACCCCUGUGUACUGUACGCUUUUGUUCCCAUAUCAUUUUUUAUGUACUGUAUAUGUUUGAAGGCAGGGAAAAUGAUGAAAGUAUUUUAAACUCAGAUACGGGUAUUCUCUGAUUCAGCACACUCUCUCACUUUAGUUUGUGUUUUUUUUUUUAUUUUCAAAAAGAAAUCUGUUGAUUUUUCUUUUUAAAUGUUAUAGCUACAAAAAAAUGUAUAUUUUUAAAAAUUGUGAAUGUUAUAUGAUGUUGGCUAGAAAUAAAGGAAAAAAAAGCUUUAUAGAUUUA